AUGUUUAAAGAAAGACAAUAUAUUUUCUUGUUUUAUUAGGAAAAAUCGAAUUACCUCCUAUUUGUUAUAUUACUUUUUCAGUCAAAAAAAUAUUAUCUGUGUGAUGUGCGAAAUGCAAAGUGCUCGACGAUCUUACAUUUUAAGGAAAACACGGAAGUAAUAAACAAAGAGGUAAACUUAGCAAAAGUUUGUCGUUUCUAUCGUUAGGCCUAGCACAAUAAUGGAUAGAUUCUAGUUCUUGUUACGGUCAACAAGGGAACUGAAUCAGAUUUCUUUCACACAGCUACCAGAUCUAGUUAUUAUGUCGGUGUCAACAAUAAAUGUUGGACAUCUUUUAACAUUGGGUUACUAAGAACUUGUCUACGAAACGGACUCAGGCUGGUCUGAAGGCCUGCCAAGGAAAGCAUAAUGGAUGAGCAGGAAGAUGAUAACGUGUACAGUGUCCCCCCAGUCCGGUCAAGAGAUGACGUUGUACCACCAUUGCAAAUAGUACCUCAGGAGGAAUGUGAAAGGAGCCCUCCCCCUGUACUAUUACCAAAACGGGGCAAUAAUUCUGUCCGAGUAAAGUCGAUCGUCUUAGACCCUCAGACUACCGGCUUAAUGCCACGCCCUGCGCCGCGGAUGUCCAGUAGAAAGGCCAGUGUUGAUUCAUCUCUGUCUGACUCCACGGAAGGUGGUGCUACCCCAGAAUUGAAGUCAACUUCUAAUACUUUUUUCUCUAAGAGUCUGGACGUUGCUGCGUCUCCCCUUGAUGAUGUAUUCAGUAGUCCAACUCUGGGAGCUGAAGCAAAGUUUGCUACACCAGUUCCCCAACAAAGACGGAGUAGCAGAGGAAGUUUGGUCAAAGAUUCCCCAGCAGAAGUUGUGUCUGCGGCCAGUGUGUCCACAUCUAGCGCUCCCUCAGCAGGCCCCAUGUCUCCUCCGUCUGCAUCGGUGAAGUCGCCACCCAUCGCUGCUCCAAGGCCAGUGCCCCGUCCAAGAACCAAAGUGUCAUCGUCUAAUUUACACAAAAAUGUUUUGGAGACUAUAAGUUCAGAUAAUCUUAGUUCAUCUUUACCAGACAGCGUCGGUGGUGUCGGCAAAAGUGCCAGUGACAAUACUCUGCAGUCCAGUCAGUCCUUCAACAACCAUCCGCAGCCCAGGACAAUCAGACAAAACUCCAAUAAGUCUUGGGACACGAGGUACUCUCUCCCACCAGAUCCAGAUAGUAUUGAGUCUAUGUUGGACGAGGAAAUACAGAAAAAGUACGGAGCACUGACAAACAUGGAGCCUCUUGCAAAUCAAGAAGCGGAAAAUGGCAGUGAUAAUGAAGAGGGAGAUGUGUAUAUAAGUGCUGAUACAGUGCUCAAUUUAGCUCCAGCAAAUUCGAGACCACGUCCACCAAAACCACAUGGUGCUCCACCACCCCCACCAAAACCACAUGGCAUUUCUUCAGAGGCUCCUUCUUAUUUGCCCAUGGUAAGUAAACACCGUCCAGCAGGUGAAAAGCCGGCAGUAGCUCCCCAGCCACCACAGAGGGCCCAAGAAAGCCUGAAUGAGCUUAAUCUCUUUCAGAACUCAGAUUCAAAGUUCAAUAUUGGUUCAGACCUUUUAUCAGAAUCAAGCACCGAUGAAAUUAAUAAUGGUCAAGAUGAUGGCAGCCUGUUUCAGAAUCCUUCCACCCCAAGACCAUUUGAUCCUCAGCCCUUCAAGACAGCCCUGUCUAACAUACUGCCCAGUCAGGCUAGUGAUGAAAGUGAAGAUGCUGUUAAGUCUGUUGCUCAGGCUUUUGAUUUUCGCGAUAUUGAUCCACUAUGGGAGGAUAAAACGAAAGAUGAAAAGGCUGUGAUUAACACUUCAAAAACAGCAGUUGAAGAGCUAGGCUCAAUGAGCAAUGAGUUCCCUGUUGAUUGGGAUCAAGCCUUCAAGAACCCAGCUGAGACAGAUGAAACUAUCAUUGACACCCAAAAUACAUACGCUGAGCCCGAUGACCUUAGCUACCCUUACUCGAAACCCCACCGCAAGUCACCUCCCACACCUCCAAAGAAGCCACUGCCCAGCUCUGAGUCAUUUCACUACGAACCUCCCAUGGCCCCCCCUCCACCUUUUCCCAGAGAGCAGAACCGCAUCCCUGAACCGAGACCCCCACCGGUCCCUCCCCGGCCCACUGCAGCUGCUACUGCCGCAGGCACAAGUUCUCAUGGCUCACCCGCUAACCUCCCUCUGGAGAUUCCCACACACUCAGAAUCCGUGAGCUCCAACAUCUUCAAUGAACUCCCCACACCGGUCUUUUCUGGGGACCCCCUCAUGGACCCUUUCCAGGACUCGGGCUUCGGGGACGUCUGUCGCAACUUCAACCAGACGCAGCAGGAAACCACGCAGUCCAACCCCAAGCCCAUUCCACCAAUACCAAUACUCCCCGCGUCAUCGUCCCCAGUACCAAAACUCCCAGUGUCGUCGUCCCCAGCAGCUGAGCCAUGCCGAGAUACGACGUAUGAGUUCGCAGCGGCCCUGCCAACAGAGGAGUUUGGCCCAGAGAGGAUCAGCCGCUUUGUCAUCCCACCACCCGGUGCUGAGGCCCAAGCCUUUCGCGUUGCUGGCAAAGAGCUGAGCGACAGCACGGACAGCGAGUGUGUGGAGGAGCAGCCCGAGGGAGGGAUGGGAUGGAUCGGUCACGUGGGCCUGCCUAUUGUUGCUCCGGACAGCGUCAUCUCGAUACAAAGCCAACAAGGGCUGGAAAAAACGUUGGGUCGUCUUCAACGGUACCUCGCUGAGCUACUAUGUCAAUAACACAUCCCAGGUGUCCAAGCGUGUCAUUCCCGUGUCCUGCAUGACAGACGUUGAGAGCGACAUCAAGCAAAAUGACAAGAACAGUUUCAAGUUCAAAGUGGUGACCACGCUCAAGAACAGAGUGUUUGUCUUUUCUGCGGAGAACUUAGAGGACUGUUUGACAUGGGCCAGUGUCUUGAUGGCUGCCAUCACUGAGCACAAGAGGUCUGAGAUUAACGAGGGAACACAAGUGGAGCGACCAGACAGAGAGGGUUUCAUUAAGUUUGGCACUGGAGUGAAGCACUACGUUGCUAUCUGGGGUGCCAUGCUCAAGUAUUUCCACUCUUUUGAGGAUUUCCAAAUGAACUCUCCAGUCCAUGAAAUUGACAUGAAGGUUGCAUCUGUCAAGGUGCACGACAGGAAAAAAUUCAAACUUCAACUUCGGACACACUACAAGUUCUUUGACUUAACGUUUGAGAGCGACCGAGAGAUGCAGCAGUGGCGUAUGGCCAUGGAGGACGCCAUCGCCGAGGGGCUCGGGGACAACACGGUGGUGGAGAAAGUCUACCACAACCUCUCCAACAAACAGUGUGCUGACUGCAACGCUGACAAUCCGGAUUGGGCCUCCAUCAACCUGGGCAUCGUGCUGUGCAAGAACUGUGCAGGCAUCCACCGGAUGUUUGAUUACCGCGUCUCCAAGAUUCGGUCACUACGGAUGGACACUCGGGUCUGGACGCCUAGUCUCACUGAGCUCCUGAUCAUUGUUGGAAACGCCAACUCGAACACGUUCUGGGAGCACCGUCUUCCUCCUAACUUGAAGCUCAAGCCGACAGACACCAUGGACAAACGGAAAGAAAUCAUCACAGCGAAGUACCUCAAGAAGAAGUUCUGUGACCUACACCCUAUUGCCAGUAUGGGAGCCACGGCUCUGGGAGAGGAGUUGCUCAACACUGCGACCAGGGACAACGUUCUGGAGACUCUGAAGGUCCUUUUCUCUGGGGCUGACGUUGUCUCACGCAGAGACGGGCACGGGGAAACAGCGUAUGACCUUGCCAAGGAAAAUGGACACCGGCUCGUCAUGGAGCUCCUCUAUCAAAACGGUGGAGAUCCCCAGUCUCAAAGCGGCACAUCAGAUGAUGAGACAGACUACAGCUUUGUUUGGAACCGGCUGAGAGAGGACGUAAGACUGCAAGGUUUUCUGAACAAGACAGGACCCGUUGGAAGGACGUUUGAGAGGCGAUGGUGUGUUCUAGAACAUGGGGCUCUUACUUACUACCUCAAUGAAAAGAGUGUUACGUCAAAGGGGUCAGUAGACAGAAAAGAUAUGUACAUGAUACAAGAGGUUAUUACAGACAGAAUCGGCUACCAGUUUGACCUGAGCACCAGCAUCAGAGAGAACCGACUGUUCACCUUCUCCUCCGACUGCAAGGACGACGCCGGAGAGUGGGUCCGCACCAUCGCGAAGCUGAUGGCCCCAGUGGCUGUGAUGGAGCACGUUGGGAUGAUCGACAUCAAGUUUGCCGGCUACGCUCACAUGAAGGAGUCCCUGGUAGACGAGUGGCACGAGUCAUUCUUGGUGUUCAGUUGGAGAGGGCUCAACUUCAUGAACACAGACCUCAAGUUCGAUUACCUCGAUCUACGCAAAGCCAGCAGCAUCAAAAUGCAAGACUCUAGCAACGGUUUUCAGAAAAAAGGCCCGUGCUUUGUCAUUGGAACCACAAGAAGGUCCUUGUACAUCCAGGCUCCACUAACCAGAGACACAGAGAAGAUGUUUGUUGCCCUGCGUGAUGGAGUCACUGGCAGCGGCAGCACCCUCAACGACCAGGCUCUGACCCAGAACAACGUGCCGGUGAUCGUGGACAAGUGCCUGACCCACAUCUACAUGAUGGGGCUCGACGAGAAAGGAAUCUACCGCAACAGCGCGCAGCAGACCAGGAUACGGGCGCUGCUCGAUCAGUUCAAGAAAGAUGCGGGCUCAGUGACGCUGACAGACUACACAGUCCACGAGGUGGCCAACGGACUCAAGAGAUUCCUGCGCGAACUGGACGACUCUGUGUUUGAACGCAUCAACUACACGUCGUGGAUCAACAUGGCCGGCUGCAAGGAUGAGAAGAACCGUCUGGCCUGGUACAAAUACUACAUUGACAAAAUGCCUCUAGUCAACUACCACACACUCAAGAGAGUUCUCCUUCAUCUACUCACCGUGUCCCAGAGAGAAGGGGAGAACAUGAUGGGUAUCACCAACCUGGCAACGUGCUUCGCCCCUUCGCUGCUCAGGACGGAGAAUGACCAGCCCAACUUGAUGUCCGACAUCACCAGCAAAGAGAUUGCCAUCAUUGUGGACCUACUCCGUAACACAAACUACUUUUUCCAGAUUGAUGACGAGCAGCUGGCAAUCGAGGGGAAGAUCAACAAAGCCGCGGCCGAGAUAGAGGAGAUCAUGAAAGGGAAAAGACAGUCAAUGACUCCGUCCAUUCAGUCCACGCUGUGUGAGUUCUUCAUCCUCAGCCGAGAGGGACAGUCUAUCAAUAUACAGGUGACGGAGGAUAUGACUGCUGAAGGUGCUGUGAACUACGUGAAGAGAAAGAAUGCGAUCCCGGAGAUGGGCAAAUGUGUUCUGCAUGAGCUGCUAUUCAAGGGGGAUCUGGAGCGGCCUUUGUUCCCUGAGGACAAGCUGUUGGAGACUCUGAACUUGUGGGGGGAGUGGGAGGACUGGGUGAGGCAGGAUAACAGCUGCUGUCUGUGUGUGCGUGAUGAUGAGAUGCUGGAGAAACUUGACGCCAGUUACAGUGCAAGCACCAUGCUGUCGGCCCGCCUGCAGUACGCCGAGUGUAAGGCCAAGUCCAAGUUCAAGAAAUACCACGUGGAGUUCAAGCAGUACCGACUGGUCAUCUCCAGCAGUCCAAAGUCAAGUUCAGAGGUUGCCGGCUGGAACGUGGAGGAUAUCACCAUCUACAUCGGUCAUCAGCCAAAGAAGUCAACUCCCACAAGAUAUUGCAUCACUUUCCUCGUCAAGGGAGAGAAAACGAGAGACAAAGGCAAAGACGUCUUUGGUCACUGCCUGUGUUUCGAUUCGGAGGAGGAGUUGUACCGCUGGGCGGCCUGCCUCUAUGUGGCUCAGUAUCCCACCGGCUUAUUCUCCUGGAACAGGUAGCAACACUUAUCUCCCUUUGCCUAAUUCGUGGAUUCGUGUUUGUUUACCAUCAGCCAGGAUACACAGAGGGAAUCGUGAAGUGACUUGUGUGUUCCCCAACGUGAGAUUUCUUACUCUCACAAUUCACGGCAUGAGUGUAGAACAUAGAGAAAACUUAAAGGUUUUUUACAUUUUUCUAGUUUGAGUUGUGGUAGUGGUGCUGAUGUUUACAAAUGCUGUGUUUGUUCGGAGUACGAUUCUCCUUCUGUUUUUCUAGUGUGAAAAGAGGGAGAAAACUUCUGACAGGAGAGAUUUCAGCCCUGAUAGAGUGCAGGUUCUCGUACCACAGAGACCCGGUUUGUCGGCUCUCAGGUUGAGACGGAAGGUAACAGAAGAAUGACUUUGAUUUUAAUGGACAGGAGACCUCUCCUUGUCAGCAUGUUAGUGUUAGUGUUUUAGCGCCUAUAAAUGGCUGCUUGCACUGUAUGCUUCCCACGAAGUUGAGGU